GCCGCGCUCUUUGCUUUUCCCGAUCGCCCGCGGCGGCAGCGUGCUCACCCAGCUGGUCAGUCAAGGUCUCACGAGCGGGCCUGGGCAGGCCGAAGGGCGAGGCGAAGGUCCCGCGAGAAUAGAAUAAAAACGCGCGUCGCCGCGAGCAGCAAGAGCGGACAGAACGCCGACGGAGAUCAGGAGGAAGAGAAGGAGGAAGAGGAGGAGGAGGAGGAGGAGGAGGAGGAGACACGCACGCCGGCGCGGGGCCAGCAAGGUGCCUCAAAGCCACUGAGCUCCUUGCAGGCUCGCGAUGCGCGGACGGGCGGCCAGGCGCGCCGCUCGUGAAGCAGAGCGCGCCGCUCGUCGAGGCCCGACGCGCACAGGCAAUGAGGGCCCGGUGCCCGCCGACGACAGGGGACGAGGAGAACCAGAGUAGACCCAGGAAGCACCAGCGGUGCUGCAGUGCACCCUCCCGCCCCAAGUCUCCUCAAAAGUCCCAGCAAGCUCGCCUCUUCACGGCAAGAGGCGCCGCCUCCGAAAGGCGAGCACCCCCUGCGGGCCUGCCAUGCAGGGCAGGAAUGUCCCUCUCUGCAGCGGAGCUGACGUGCAAGUGCCUGGCAGGCUCUGCGGAGGGCGAACAGCUGGGAGCAACACGUUUGGCGAGGCGUCAUCAAAUCUGGUAGAGUGUCCAGCGAGGGCCCCGCCUUGGACAGGAAAACCGCC